UGUAGGGCUUGAAUUUACGCAUAUACACGCCACACAGGACAGGUGACAAAGCGCUCGGGUGAAUAUGAUAACGAUAAGUAACCUAUUAGCGGUGUAAUCAAAACAAGUGAUGAUUAUAGCUGUUUAUUAAUCUGCUGAAGCAAUUGUCAUAUCAAAGCUCACUGCAUUACGGUGAGGAUUGUCGUUAUGCUGUACUCUAGUGGUUCGCAGAGGUUCUUGUAAAGCAAAUCUUCGGAUACGGAAUAUGAUUCUGUAAUUGCGGAAGUAUGAUGGAUGUCAGUGAAUUGUUACAGAAAUUCUCGACGAAGGUGGAAUUUUAGCAUUCAAUAAAACGAUAAAACCAAUACGAUGGAGUUUUUAAAUGCCUCGAUGGAUGCACCUACUGACAAUUUGUAUCUGGCAUUGAUUCAGUGCUUUGCAAUUAUUCUAUGCGGGUACAUUGCUGGGAGACUCGAAAUAAUAACUAGAUCUGAGGCCAACGGUCUUAACACCUUCGUCGGCACAUUCGCGCUACCCUCACUGAUAUUCUCAUCCCUAGCACGACUGGACUUUUCAGUUGUAAACUGGAAUUUCUUGCUGGCAGUGAUGAUCGCCAAAGGCUGCGUAUUCUUGGUGGUUCUCCUCGUGUCCCUCAUAACAACCAAGCCGAUGAAUCCCGGACGAGCAGCAGUAUUCGCAAUCUUCACAACCCAGAGUAAUGACUUCGCCAUUGGUUACCCCAUGAUCGACGCCCUGUACAGCCUGACACAUCCAGAAUACUCAGCAUAUCUCUACCUAAUGGCGCCCAUAUCUCUCGCUGUUCUGAAUCCCAUCGGUUUCGUACUUCUAGAGAUUGGCAAACAAAGAACUGGAAGUGACCAACGAUCAGGCUGGGCCCUAGUUGUUUCAGUGUUAAAAGGAGUGGCCCUUAAUCCCAUCCUUUUCAUGACAGUUCUGGGAAUAAUGGGAAAUUUUGCAUUCAACCACUCUGUCCCGACCAUUCUCUCAGCAAUUCUCAAAGUAUUUGGAAAUGCGUUUUCAGCCAGUGCCCUAUUCCUCCUCGGCCUCAUGAUGGUGGGAAAAGUCCAUACGUUAAAAGGAGCAGCACUAGUCAUUCCGGGUAUUCUCAUCCUGGUGAAGCUGCUAGCAUUACCUCUCGUAAUUCGUGAAUCAGUAAUUCUGCUUAAUGCUGGUAUUAACGACACUGAUACCAGAGACCUCAGCACUUAUGGAUUUCUCUAUGGGACUAUUCCCACAGCUCCAGCUCUCUUCAUAUUCACUCUUCGUUACAAAAUGGAAAUUGAUUUAAUCGCAUCAGCCAUGGUUGCCUGUACAUUCAUGUCUGCCCCCCUGAUGUUUGUCUCGGCAAAGGUCAUAACUGCGAUCAAUAACGGAGUAUCUCCUGAUAAUUAUGCCAGACAGUUGAAUGCAUUCUCCAUGGACAUAUCUGUUGCAUCAGCAGUGGCAUGUGUCUGGCUGAUCAUCUGCUUCUUCGUACUCGAGGGAAAGAAAUUCAAACGCCCUACACACCGAUGCACCAUCUGUAUUAUCAUCGCUCAAUUCACGGUGGCUAUUGGUGUGAUCAUCUGGACAAAACUGGACAUCCAAAGUACUGGCUCCCCUCUGUGGUACCUUCAAUGUGCUUUCAUCACUGGGGGAGUUUAUGCCAGUCGAUUGCUUACAGCAGCCAUGGCAGCUACUCUGUUAUUUCUGAGUUCAAAGUCAGGAGCCUUCGUUCGAGAUCUUCAGAGGUGGAUUCUUCCAACUGCACUUGGAAUACCUUUCAUCCUGGUGACACUCAUGUGCGCCAUAGUUACCCCAAGGAAUCCCUCAGAGCCUGAUAUGCGUAAUCCGAAUUUCCAACUAGGGACUGUUGAGGGAGCUGUCUCAAUAUUUAUUUUACUGUUCAGUUUUAUUGUGACCAUUGGAUGCUUAGUACUCCAUCAGCGAUAUCAAAGGCGUCAGCAUACUGAAGCCUAUGCCAGCCUCAUAGGCAACAGUGAGAAUGCAGAGUCCACAACAAUUGACACGAGAAACGUCGUCGACGUCGAGGAUCUUAUUACUCCCAUUUCCCCUGUACCAGCAAACCCCUGUGGAGUGGACAACAAUUGCGCAUUUCAGAGGGGACUGUGUACUGCAGCCACUGGGGCACUCGACGAAUACGAACCGGAGUCUGAUAAUGAAAGGGAAAUGUCGAGGAUGGACGGCGAGGAUCCCCAGAUUCUUCGUCACGUUGUCUUCAUUAUUUUCCUUCUUUGCUCGAUGUUUAUUGGGCUUGCUUUAUCCGUUGGGACCAUGAUCAUGGAGCAGAUGACAGGAGUUUAUGCUGAGCUGGCCUUUCUGGAUGUGGCUUUCAAUUUUGGACAGCCACUCAUCGCCUUCGGAAUUUUCGGGCUUGAUCCCAGUCUCGGGAAACUGGGAAAAUGGUUGAAGAAUGCUUGCCAUGAGUGGAAGGCUAGGCAGAAACUCCAACUACCUGAUGAAGCCUCCCUCAGCCCAGAAGCCAGGAUGAUUCGGGAGCAGUUCAGCCAGUGCCACCUUCGAGAGUGUCGGGAUAGAAUCUCCAUGUGUCGCAGGAGAUUACUCACCGUUUAUGAGGGGGUCUUCUCGGGGACUGAUUUAGUUAAUUGGCUUUUGGAGGCUGAUGUCGCGCACAGUCGCGAGGAGGCUGUGCGGUAUGGGCGAUGUCUUCUUGAGAGCCGAGUACUUCAUCAUGUUGAUGGUACUCAUCAUUUUCAUGAUAGAAAUAUUUUGUAUACUUUCCAGGGAUAGAUGAUUUCUUCUGCGCCCCUGGGGGAUGAGAUAUUCUACAAUGGAGAAUAGAUUUUUUUUCUUGUUUUCACGAGUUGGGGAGAGAGGUGGAGAACUAUUUUAUUACUUUCAAGAGUUUUUUAAAGUUUUUACAAGCCUUCAUUUAAUUUUCACUCCACUCUUUUUUAGCCUUAAUUGAAGAGUAAUAAAUUUUUGAAUCAACGCACGAUUGCUUUUUCUACCGGUUGUUAUCUAGAUUCUUUAUUUUCAUUUUGAACUUUCCAUUCAUCCAGUUAUUCAGAAACGUCCAAAAAUUCGGAAUUAAAGUGCAAGACAGGCAAAAAAAAAUUGACUCCUGAAAAUUAUCUCCUUAAUUCUUCUUUAGUAUUGCAAUUUUAUUAUUGAAUUAUUAGGAAUCAUUUUCAUAAUCCAAA